GACAUUCUAUGUAUCACAGGGUUAAUGCCUAUCCCUGAUAUGAUAUUGCAAUUUGAGAGAUCUUGCCACAAUGUAUCAGAGUCAAUAAGGUAUGGAUCCAAUGAAAGACAGAGAAUUGUGGACGACAAGUUGAUGAGGCAGAAGGCUCGACUCUUACUUGAUGAGGCUGCUUCUUGGUCUCUUUUGUGGUACCUAUAUGGGAAAGGAAAUGAAGAACUUCCAGAAGAUCUGAUGCUGUCCCCUACAACUUCGCAUUUGGAGGCUUGCCAGUUUGUUGUUGCAGAUCAUACAGCACAAUUAGGCCUCUGGAUUGUUCAGUGGCUUGAAGGAUUAGCCUCCAAAGUGCUUGAUUUGGAUAAUGAGGUGAUGACUCUGCUACUUUCUCCUGUUUUGACAGUCUAAUGCUUAUCCAUGGUU